UUCCAAACUGCGUUACCCACUCCAGACAGCAGAUGGCGAUGAGCGUCUUUCAGGUGAUGAUUCUUCCGUGACGUAUAAUGGACUGGCCGGGACCCUUCUUCAGGAACAACAAGGCGCCAACUCUUCCAACCACGUCGGUAGCUUGCUAGCCAACAUAAAAGUGAAAGAUUGACGCUUUAGACCAUGUUAAUGUACAUUAUCUAAUCUCAGUGUUUUAAACACAGUUCUGUUGACGUAUUAACUGGUUAACUGUAACCUAAUUUGCAAACUUGUUAAAGAUUGAUGCUGAGCCUAGCACUAGGCUAGUCGCUAAUGCUAACUAGCUAGCUAACAUCCCUGACCAUGAGCUCAUUAAAGUACUCAUCCCCUGCUAAAGAAGAGGAGGUCUGCUGUUUGGAGAAAGAAGUUCUGGCGCUGAACAUUGAAGAAGAGGAUGAGGUUACAGUGAAAGAAGAGAAAGAAGCUUUUAGAAUGAAAAAGGAGGAAGAUGAGGCUGUUAUAGUGAAGGAAGAAGAUGCUGUUAUAGUGGAAGAACAUUUCAGAAUGAAAAAGGAGGAAGAGGAGACUGUUAUAGUGAAGGAAGAAGAUUUCAGAAUGAAAAAGGAGGAAGAGGAGGCUGUUAUAGUGAUAGAAGAGAAAGAACCGUUUAGAGAGGAACAGGAUGAUAUCUCAAUAAAGGUGAAGGAGGAAGACGUUUUUGGAGUGAAAGAGGAAGAGACAGAAUAUCAGAUUAACACCAGAGAGAGACAUGACUAUGGUGGAUCCUCUGGGGAGCCUCAACAACAUCCUGAUGCUGACGAGGCAGAGAAGAGUCUCUCCAGAUCAGAACACCAGAUGCAGGACAACACUUGCCCUUCCUCCCUCCCGGAGUCCCUCUAUCGUGCCUCUCCCGGUAGCACCUUACUACUGGGUAUGAAGAGGUUGUCUGUGCUGCUGGUGGACUGCAGGAAAACAACAGGGCUGAGUGGAACUGUGAGAGGAGGAGAAGAGAAGAAAGGAUCAGAUUUGACACAUCAAAGAGGAAAACCAAACUUGGAGGAACCAAAGACCUCCACAACAUCAAGACAACACCUCUGCUCCCAGAUCAAGUUAGGAAGCCUGAAAAGACCUGAGAGGACACACACAGGAGAGAAGCCAUACCAUUGCGGCCAGUGUGGAAAGAGUUUUAGCCUGUUAGGAAGCCUGAAAGCUCAUGAGCGAAUACACUCAGGAGAGAAGCCAUACCAUUGCGGCCAGUGUGGAAAUAGUUUUAGCCAGUUAGGAAACAUGAAAAGACAUGGGAGGAUACACACAGGGGAGAAGCCAUACCACUGCUCCCAUUGCGGAAAGAGUUUUAACCAUUUACUUAACAUGAAAAGACAUGAGAGGAUACACACAGGAGUGAAGCCUCACCAUUGCUCCCAGUGUGGAAAGAGUUUUAUGCAGUUAGGUAUCCUCAAAGAUCAUUUGCGAAUACACACAGGGGAGAAGCCUUACUACUGCUCCCAUUGUGGAAAGAGUUUUAACCAUUUACUUAACAUGAAAAGACAUGAGAGGAUACACACAGGAGUGAAGCCUCACCAUUGCUCCCAGUGUGGAAAGAGUUUUAUGCAGUUAGGUAUCCUCAAAGAUCAUUUGCGAAUACACACAGGGGAGAAGCCUUUCCUUUGCGCUCAGUGUGGAAAGAGUUUUAGCCAGUCAGGAAACCUGAAAGUGCAUGAGCGAAUUCACACAGGGAAGAAAUCUUACUCCCAGUGUGGAAAGAGUUUUCACCAGAAAGCACACCUGAAAGCUCAUGAGAGAAUACACACAGGAGAGAAGCCUUACCACUGCUCCCAAUGUGGAAAGUGUUUCAACCAGUCGGGGGAGCUGAAACAACAUGAGAGAAUACACACAGGAGAGAAGCCUUACCACUGCUCCCAAUGUGGAAAGUGUUUCAACCAGAGAGUAAACCUGAAACAACAUGAGAGAAUACACACAGGAGAGAAGCCUUACCACUGCUCCCAGUGUGGAAAGAGUUUCAGCCGGAAAGCAAACCUGAAAGCUCAUGAGAGAAUACACACAGGAGAGAAGCCUUACCACUGCUCCCAAUGUGGAAAGUGUUUCAACCAGUCGGGGGAGCUGAAACUACAUGAGAGAAUACACACAGGAGAGAAGCCUUACCACUGCUCCCAUUGUGGAAAGUGUUUCGUCCAUUUGGAGGUGCUGAAACAGCAUGAGAGAAUACACACAGGGGAGAAGCCUUACCACUGCUACCAGUGUGGAAAGGGUUUCAACCAGAGAGGACACCUGAAACUACAUGAGAGAAUACACACAGGAGAGAAGCCUUACCACUGCUCCCAUUGUGGAAAGUGUUUCGUCCGUUCGGUGGAGCUGAAACAACACGAGAGAAUACACACAGGAGAGAAGCCUUACCACUGCUCCCAAUGUGGAAAGAGUUUCAGCCGGAAAGCAUUCCUGAACCAACACGAGAGAAUACACACGGGGGAGAAGCCUUACCACUGCUCCCAGUGUGGAAAGCGUUUCAACCAUUCAGGGAAGCUGAAACGGCAUGAGAGAAUACACACAGGAGAGAAGCCUUACCACUGCUCCCAAUGUGGAAAGUGUUUCAACCAGCCGGGGGACCUGAAACAACACGAGAGAAUACACACGGGAGAGAAGCCUUACCACUGCUCCCAGUGUGGAAAGCGUUUCAGCCAUUCAGGAAAGCUGAAACGGCAUGAGAGAAUACACACAGGAGAGAAGCCAUACCACUGCUCCCAAUGUGGAAAGUUUUUCAGCCAGAUAGGAUACCUGAAACAACAUGAGAGAAUACACACGGGGGAAAAGCCUUACCACUGCUCCCAGUGUGGAAAGUGUUUCAACAAUUCAGGGACGCUGAAACGACAUGAGAGAAUACACACAGGGCAGAAGCCUUACCACUCCUCCCAGGGUGCAAAGCUUUUGCCCAGUUAGGAAGCCUGAAAGAACACAUUAGACUGCACACAGAGGAGAAGGCUUAGAAAAGCUCAGACUGUGGGAAAACAUAGUACUCAUAACAGUCAUUUAAACGUCAUUAGAGAAUCCACACAGGAGAGAGAAAUUACUUCUCUUAGCGUGUAUAUUGAUAUUUCACAUCACAUUGGCUUAAAAUUCAUCAGAGAACAUACACAGUGCUCCCAUUGUCUUAUAUUGUUGACCGACAAUGUGUUUACCUGUCUUUACCAUAUGAAAUUAAAUGGUACAGGGUAUACUCAAACAUAUAUUUGACCUACAAAACUAAGGACAUGAUUGUGGACUUCAGGAAACAGCAGGGGGAACACCCCCCUAUCCACAUCGAUGGAACAGUAUUGGAGAGGGUAGUAAGUUUUAUGUUCCUCGGCAUACACAUCACAGACAAACUGAAUUGGUC